AUGUCCUGUAAACUAUUUGUUGGCGGUCUUGCCUGGGCUUCAACAAGCGACAGCCUCCGACAGCUCUUUUCAGAAUUUGGUGAAGUUCUAGAUUCGAUCGUAAUGAGCGACCGCGAGACUGGGCGAUCAAGAGGCUUUGGCUUUGUUACAUUCAGUAACCAGGAUGAGGCUGAGGCUGCAAUCAAUGCUCUGAAUGAGCAGGAGUUUGAAGGUCGCCAGAUUAGGGUAAGUAUGGCAAAUGCCGGUGGUGGCCGUGGCGGUGGCCGUGGCGGGUAUUCCGGGGGCCGUGGUGGGUAUUCCGGUGGUGGCUAUUAA